UCCUAACCCCAUCUAAUGCCGCAACAAUUAUCUCGCCGGAAAAUUCCCUGAACGCGAUUUUUGCCACCCGAAAGUACCAAACCGCUAGCGCAGGAUUCUCACCAGUAAUCGUUAAGACCUAAAGAUUUCCGGCAAUUGAAAGGGUGUUCUCUCAGAAAAAACCAGGCGGUUACAUUAGCUUCGCCGGAAAAUGUUUUCACGGCGAUCAAAGUUGCCAGAAAAGUUGAAACCAGGGAUCAAGAGCAUUCAGAUUCCGAGCAAUUUCAAGUGCCCCAUCUCUCUUGAAUUGAUGAGAGAUCCCGUGAUAAUGCCUACUGGUAUAACGUACGAUCGCCAGAGCAUUGAACGAUGGCUCGAUGAAGGUGGAAAGACUUGCCCUGUAACGAACCAGCCAGUUCAUGAACCAGAGCUUAUUCCCAACCAUGCUCUUCGUCGCAUGAUUCAGAGCUGGUGCGUCGCCAAUAGCUCCAAUGGAGUUGAUAGGAUCCCUACUCCUAAGAUUCCAAUCAGUGAAGCUAGGGUUUCUGAAAUUUUAUCAGAGAUAUCAGUUUCAAGCGACCGUAAUCUUGCGAAUUGCUUGAAGCUGGUAAGGAAACUUAAGAUUUCGGUAAGAGAAAGUGAGAGAAACAGGCGUUGUGUUGCCUCUUCACAAGCCGGAAGAGUUUUGGCUUCGAUUUUCCUGCAAAUAGCUGGAAAAUCAAGGGCAGGAAACUCAGAUUGCAGGGCUUUGAUGGAGGAGAUAAUGGCUUUGCUUAUGGUGUUGACGCCAUUAACCUUGGAAGCUUUCUCUUUUCUUUCGUCUAGAGAGAUUUUGCUCUGUUUAAUCGAGGGGCUUCGACAGGGGAACCUCGAAUUGAGAAAGAAUUCAGCUUUGUUGAUCAAAGAGAUUGCUUCCAAUGGUGAAUUGACAAUUGAUUUCAGGAAAAUCGAUGGCCUCUUUGAAUCUCUGUUGCAGAUUAUCCGAGACCCAAUCUGUUCUUCUUCUUUGAAGGCCUCAUUGAUCACUGUUUUUUACGUGUGCUCCUCGGAUGAGGAAAUUAGGGCAAAGGCAGUGAAAUUAGGAUUUAUCUCUGCAAUUCUUGACAUUCUUCCUGAUUCAGAUAGAUCAGUGUGCGAAAAAGCCAUGGCCGCCAUUGAUGCUCUGUGCAAGAGCAAGGAAGGAAGGGCCAAAGCCAGCGAGCACGCUUUGAUGGUGCCUCUAGUGGUGAAGAAGAUCUUUCGCGUUUCUGAUCUCGUGACCGAGCUCUCAGUCACCGUGCUGUGGAGACUAUGCAAAGAUGAAGAAUGCAAGCUCAAAUCUGUUUCAGAAGCUUUACAGGUCGGAGCUUUCCAGAAGCUUUUGCUUCUUUUACAGGUUGGAUGCGAAGGAAAGAUCAAAGAGAAAGUGACUGAUCUCUUGAAGGUGACGAAUUCUUACAGAGAGAGAUGGGAAUGCGUUGAUUCAGGUGACUUUAAGGGCCUGAAAAGGCCUUUUUGAGAGGAACUUUUGUGAUGGAGACUGCGAUUCUUCGCCAUUUCUGGUAAGCCGAUUCAUCAAAGGGGCCGGAUAAGGAGAAUUUAUCUGAAUUUCUUUGUGAAAUUUGGUAAAAUGAAGAUUGAAUAGUUAGACAUAGGGUUUUUGUUUUCAUUUUUCUUUCUCCAAUUGUUUGGAAAUGUAAAAAAUAUUCUUUUUACAGGAAUUAUUCAAAGACGACCCCUUUGAUGGGGUCGAUCGAUUGAACUUACGUAGUUGUUUGUUUAAGUUUAAACGUUAAGGUGGAAUUACAUAACUGUCGUUAUCAACGACAGUAAAGAAAAUAAUUUAAAGAGAAAAGAAAAGAAAAAGGUGUUAUUGUU